CAGCAGAAUACAUACAGAUACAAAGAUAAGGACAAGUACGAUAAGAAAAGAGAGAGAAAAACAUCCACAUGCAGCCAGCCGUCGAUGAUACCGCAAAGCAGAUAUCCAGGACGUUAUGACCCAUUUGAUCCCUCGUAUUCCUCGUUUUUUCUCUCGACUAUCGUAACCAUCACAGUCUGCUGCUUGUGGAUGCAAUAUGAAUUCCGAGGAACCAGCCUCGGAAUCGUUCGUAGGUCUGGUAGCAUGAUGGUGGUGAAACGCCGAUGUGGAGUAAUACGGUGGGGGUGGCAUGUCAAUCUUUGUCGUACAAUCAUAUGAGGGUGGUUUUUCUGUUGUUGUUUCUGCUGCUACUAUUGCUGGGUUUCCAUGGAUCACUGUGGCACUAGUGUCGCUAUUGUCAUGCUGAACGAUUUCCGAAGAACCCCGAUAAUAUUUCUCACCAGCACUGCCGCCACCUCCAUCAUCAUUAAACGCGUCAUGGUCAUAGUGAUUGUUACUGGAUUGAUCCUGCAGUAUGCUCUUUUGAUCCAUGCCUUUGUAUAAUAACUUUUGUUGUGUUGAGAAGCGUACAUGCAACUAUAUCAUAGCAGCAGCAGCAGCAGCAGCCGUAGUAGUUGUAGUAAUUGGUACUUUUAUAUAUAAUAGGACAAUUUUUGUUUCGGUUCUGUUUUCGG